CUGUGGAGGAAGUGAGUCUUCAGGAUUAAAAGCAAAGCCCGUGCACUCUUCACACCAGCAGCUCAGCCUCUGACCCGCCGGGUCUGGAAGAGUCCGGAUGUUCCUGUAAUGAUCUGCUGAGAUUUAUAAAGCCGAGGUGCCUGGACGAUUGCUGGGAACGUUUCAGUUGGCACAGGGAAAAUUUGUGAGAUUUGCACCUAAAACGUUUUUGACUUUUUUUUUUCAAAACCUUUUACUUAAACUGGCAUUUUUUUUUUUAUCAAAGAAGGAAGAACAGCACUUUGGAUUUAACUUUGACUCAUUCUUUGGCUUUCUUUACAAACGAUACCAUCAACAGAAGAAACAGCCACAUCAUCUGCAUACAGAAGUUUUCCAAGGUUACUACAAAUUGUAUUAAUAUUUGAAAGGGCUUACCACACAGGAAACAAAUAAAUAAGUUUGAAAGUGACUCCAGUGGUCAGCUGUUGCCAUGAGUAGUGGUGGGGUAUCCACAGUUUCACCACAGGAGCCGCAGGCUUUUAAACGAGCGGCUCGUAAAGUCAAAUGUGCUGCCAUGGUGGCGAAUCUGGCCAAGAGCUGGCAAGGAUGGGCCAAGGAACACGCAAACAAGCAAGAUGCUAUCCCAAGUGGCUGGAUGCCUUCAUCUGUUGAGGAGGAAGACAGAAAAGAACGAAACCAUGUCGUCAAACUGAGCGUUACUCCACGAGUGAUUGCAGCAGAUACCAGCGACUUCAACGAAAAUAAAAUCCGGACCUGCUCUGUCACCAAGUCUGUUCAGCUGAAACGCAGUGAGUGCAGCAGUGGCAAUGUGAUGAACGCCAUCCGAGACAAGAUGGAGUCGGGUCCCGAGGAGAGCAAGCCAUUUUUAGGCAACGAGUCGCCAACACGACGCCGUCACAUGAGGGCGCUACAGAGCGCAGGAGGAGGGCUUGUCCACGACAAGAAGCUGAAGCUCCAGGAGAAGAAGCUGGGAUCAAGGAGCAGCAGCUUGGACACGGAGGACAGCGGGAUUGGAGAGGACGGAGGGCUCAGUGACAACAAUGAACCAAAGACUGAACAAAGUGGCAGCGAGUCCAAAACAACGAGCAUCAGGCCCAAGAUUAAAAUAGCCACCAUGAGCGACAUCAAGAGCCGCUGGCAGCGCUGGUCUGAGCAGCACACUGAGGGACAGAAGCUCAACCCCUUCAGUGAGGACUUUGACUACGAGUACGCCAUGUCCCAGCGUCUCCACAAAGGUGACUCGGGCUACGGUCGACCCAAAGACGGCUCCAAGACAGCCGAGAGGGGAGACAGGGCCCAGAAACACAUUCACAGGGAAAUGGAGGAGAUGGUUUGGAUUAUCAGAGACAUGGGCAUGAAAAGUCAGGAGGGACACGUCUUUAUUAGCUUCGGCCGGCUCUUCGAUCGCUACGUCAAGAUUUCAGACAAAGUGGUGGGCAUCCUGCUGCGCUGCCGCAAACACAAGAUGGUGGACUUUGAGGGGGAAAUGCUGUGGAAAGGACAAGACGAUGACGUUAUUAUUACUGUGAGGGAGUGAGAAGAGACGGAAACUCCAAGUCUGCAGAGAAACCUGUCACCUGUCACGACAAGUCAAACAUGAAAAUGCAUCAUGUUGUUCAAACACUGCUGGUAAAAUGAAACACAGGCUGGCUUCUUCAAGAAACUGCAAGAAAGAACUGUUUACAUUUAAAUAUGAUGACCUUUGCACCACUGACAUUUAUUGUGCAUGUGCACACAAGCACCCACUGCACCAGCGACCUCGUUACUUCUGCUCGUAUACCGGAGACAUCAUACGAUGAGAGGUAGCUAUAUUUAGCAUGCUACCCAUGCUAACUAUGCUGCAAGCUACAGGCCUGCAAAAUUCAGUAAAAUGCCAACGACGCCGCUCGGAGCCGAUCUGCUGCAGCUGAAGCAACAACACGCUGAAGCUGAUUUCAUUUCAUUCAUUCAUUCAUGAAGCCACGAACUCCUUUCACCAAAACCAUGUGGCUGCAGUCUCUCUUAUGUUCUGCUUAAAUAUUUUAAAUAAAUGGAACACAAACUUAUAGAAAACCAAAAUGCAAAGUACAAAAGUGUUAUUUGUCUACUGUUUCAACAUUUAACUGCAGAUGUGACUGAGCCAGAGCUGAAGUGAGCAAC